AUGUCUGGAAGAGGAAAGGGCGGCAAGGUCAAAGGAAAGGCCAAGAGCAGAUCGAGCAGAGCCGGAUUGCAGUUUCCCGUAGGAAGAAUACACAGGCUGUUGCGCAAAGGCAACUACGCCGAGAGAGUAGGAGCCGGAGCGCCCGUAUAUUUGGCGGCGGUCAUGGAGUAUUUGGCGGCAGAAGUUUUAGAGUUAGCCGGGAACGCUGCCAGAGACAACAAAAAAACCCGUAUCAUACCUCGCCACCUUCAGCUGGCCAUAAGAAACGACGAAGAGUUAAACAAGCUCUUGGCCGGAGUCACUAUCGCCCAGGGUGGCGUUCUUCCAAACAUCCAAGCCGUCCUCUUGCCCAAGAAGACGGCCAAGGUCGGCGGAAGCGGUUCCGCUUCUACCGGAGGAGCCAGUCAGGCCAGCCAA